CCUGCCUCCAUUUUGUGUUGGACGGCCCAUUUCCGGAUUUCCGAGUUCUGAAGGGAGAAUCUCGCUUUGCUGGUCAAGACGAGAGCAGAAUAAAAAUUACAUGCAAUAGGAUAUAAACUGGAGAUACGCGUACCUCGAAUUAGUUUAUGCACAUAAAUAGAACUUGUUUACAGCCAAAGUUAAAACGCCAGCUAAAUUCCACUUGACAGCUGUCGCGAGUAAACAGUAAUUUAGCUAGCAAGCUAACUUUGGGUAUCGGAUUUAGUUGAUUUCGCUAGCAAACAAAUUAGCUGCUAGUGUUUUGUAUUUGAUUUUCUAAGCAAGUAACCAAGAGAGCCGCAUACUGCCUGUGAUUGUGUUAAGUAGCAAACUUGCCACAACUGCAGUGUCCAUUCAUGUUGUUAUUGAAUACGAGACUCAAAUCCUCCGAGACGGGGAGUUUGAGGGUGUACCCAGAGCUGAGACGGUGAACAAGCCUCCUCCCCAAGGUGCCCACAGAGGGACAGGAUGCCCGUCCCUCCUCCUCCCCCUCCUCCUCCAGGACCCCCCCCUCCCCCCACCUCCAACCAGGCGAACACUAGAGCACCUAAGUUGAAUCGGGAUGAGGCGAAGGGGAGAGGAGCAUUGCUCUCUGACAUCUCCAAAGGAGCCAGGCUGAAGAAGGUUGGAGUGGUCAAUGACCGAAGUGCACCUAUUAUAGAGAAACCAAAGGAAAGUGGUGGUGGCUGUGGUAGAGCAGGAGGGAGCAGUGGUGGGUCAGGGGGAGGCCCUGGAGGCCUUUUCGCUGGGGGCAUGCCAAAACUACGAUCAGUUGGAGCUGGAGACGUCUCAGUGGGCAGAUCCGCCCUGCGUCCCCCAGGCUCCAGACCUGCAGCCCCCCGGCCCACCCCAGGCCGCUCUACCUCCCCUUCCCCAGGAGACAAACCCUCCCCAAGUGAUAAACCUUCACCCCCGGAGCCCCAGCGCUCCCACCGCCCCUCUCUCCCCGACAUCUCCCGCCCCUCAACCAGUGCCAGCUCCUCCCAGUCCUCCAGUGGGGGCAUGAAGCACAGUACUUCAGGCUCAGCUCCGCCUCCUCCUUCAGGCAUGAAACAUAGCACAUCAGCUCCACCUUCUUCGACAGGGGCCAUGAAGCCCAGCACAUCCGUCCCAGCUCCUCCCCCGCCAUUCAACCGAGGUGGUUACCGCAGCAAUGCCCCGUCAACCCCGCAACAAAAGGCCCCAGUAGGCAUCAGCAACAGCCGGGAGAAGCCCCUCCCCCCGCCGCCCCAAAGAGGCCCGGCUCCGCCCAGUUCUGGCCCUCCUCCUUCAUCAAGACUGCCUCCUUCCUCCACGCGGCCGCCCACUGGUGGGUCCUCGGCGCCCCCUCCGCCCCCACCUUACAGGCACUCCUCUGGGGGCACCUCCAACGGCCCCAUGGGGGACCAUGGUGGAGAUGGGGCUCCGAAACUUCCCCAGAGGCACAACUCUCUGCACAAGAAGAACACUUCAGGCGGAAGCUACGGCGGACGCAAUCAUGCACCUCCUCCACCCCCCUCUCCAUCUCCAGGACUUCCAGGCGUUGGCAGACCACCCCCACCUGCCAGAGAGCCCCCCAGCAAGAGAUCAGCCCCUUCUGCACCCAAUCCUGGGUCACGAAACGGGGGUGGUGGGCAAGCCCCUCUUCCCCCGCCCCCCUACCGGAUCCACAGUGCUAUCACUUCCAACACCACCUCCUCGGAGCCACCCCACUACACCCGGGGGCCCAGGCCCCCUCCACCCCCUUCAUCUUCCUCCCACCGGACCCCGCCACCUCCCCCGCCCAUCCGCAACGGAUACUCCUCAUCCUCCAAGUCCAAUAUAGAGGAUUUUGAGUCCAAGUUUGACUUCCACCCAGUGGAGGACUUCCCACCCCCUGAAGAAUAUAGGAAUUUCACCAAGAUCUACCCCAGCAAAAGCAAUAAACCUGGACCAGGCAUGAUCCGAGGAGUACCUCCAGCGCCACCGGUGGCUAGGUGAACUAUGGAACUCGGGAACAAAAUGACUUUAAUUAAUAACUCAGUCUAAUCAGAGGACGCUCAGGGGAGUGGCGUGACACUCGAAACACAUACAGGUCUAAACAUAGAUACUUUAUAUGACCACAAGGAAACAAGUCAACCCCAAACGUUAUAGAAAAUUCAAUAGUCUUGUUAGACGCUACGUUUUUAUAAAGCCCUACACUACCAGUCGCUCUCUUUUGCACAAACACUUCAGACACUUCUGUUUCAGCAUGAUAGAACAAAUCCACUCUGAACUGAGGUGCUGAAGAACAUACCUGUUUGACUGUUGUGGACACAAGCGUUGCAUUGAUUAUACUUUAUAGCAGCAGGACCAACUAAGAAUUCUGCAUUUCAUCUUUUGAAAUGUGUGCAUAAUCCACGGUAAUGAUGUUGUUGAUGAUUUCCUGCGAUUUAUGAAUGAUGUUUUUAAACUGUUCUAUUGUUAACUGCAGUAACUGUGCCAUCAGUGGAAAAUAUAGGACACACACCAACGUUGCCAACAAUGCGUUGUGUCAAUUGGUGUACUUGGUGUUUUUUUUUAAAUGCCGUGCUUCCAGUGCCCUGAGGAGGUGGUGUGUGUGUGUGGAAUAAAAUUCUCUCCCUUCUUGAUGUGCCAAUAGUUGGGUGGAGUAGAAUGAGGGGCCUCUCACACUUAGAAAAGCUGUUGUUUGGAUCACACAGAAAUGGCUUAGUUUUUUUUGGUAUCUUGUUUUUCAUUACUUUGAGUAAUGAAAUGGGGACAGGAGAAAUGACUUGAAUGCUUGUCAUGUUAUGAGAGGUUGAGUCUUGCUGACAGUGAGUCUUUACAUUGUGUGAGGGGCAUUCCCAAUUAGAUAUUUUUAAUUCUUCCUCAUGGCAUUGCUCUGUGGCAGCAUAACCGCUUAACCGUGGCACCUAUGAUUGCCAUGUUUUUACACUAGAGAACAGAAAGUGCUGCUCUGAUUGGUUGCAUUCUAGGUUUAUCUGAAAAAAAAACACUACGAAAUGCUUCAGGGAUCUGCCGCUCUUUAUUGAUCAAGGAAGGCGUUUGAGAGUACUGUAUGAAAUUCUACUUUCACUUUAUUCAAUGCUGUCCCUGUUUCUUGCCACAAGGGGAUGAUCGUGGUUCAAUUAUUACCCUCAUUCCUUUCUUUGGACCAAGGGUAGCUUUGUAGGGCUGUCAGUCAUUCAACCCCAUCUUUCAGGAGUUCCUUCAAGGAACAAAAAAAAUGUCAUCUCUUUUUUCUAAACUAAAAUAUUUGAUUUUACUGCUGGUGGCCCUUUUGGAAUAGACCGUAUCAUGGCCAGAGGGAAACAAUAGUGCUUGAGUUUUUAAUGCAUUCCUAUGCAAGGAACAGUUUUGUAUGUAUUCUCACUUCUCGUUGGUAGCAUCUAACCAAAAAGGAAACACCUAAGUGCCAGAGGAAUGUGUAGUGCGAAGUUGCUCCUAGAUGCUGAUUUGGGGUCUGUUUUCUAUAUUCCCUACUAAUGCUUAAGGUUAGGAUUGGGGAAGGGAAUCUUAUCCUAGGGGAAACAUCACCUGGAGCACCAGGGAACUAUUUAGGCAGAGUAGGCCUCAAAUGUCAUCAUGGUGGAUUUGUAUAAUUUUUAUGACUUAUGAGCUCCUAAAUGUGUACUACCUAUAAUGCAACAAUGUAAUGACAGUGUUAUUUCUGUUACGAUUCCACUACAGUGAAAGAAAGCUUCAUGAGAAUAGAUUCCUUUUCUCUUCUCCAUUCCUUUUAUGUAGUCCUCAGGCUGGUUGUUGCCUUACAUAUCUGUCAUACUUAUUGGUACCAGUGCAUUUGUAAAAAAAAAAUAUAUAUAUAUAUCAUUUUUAAUUAUACUCACUUUUUAUAUUAAAAAUGCAAUAAUUAAUGUAUAUUUACAUAAAGUAUGAGGAAUAUGGAAAUUGUAGUUAUCAAUAUUUUAAUGUUUGUAAAAAAGCUUGUAAUAUAGGGAGUAAAUUGAUUAAAAGGUUUAUCAACAGGCCAGUUGUGGGUGUUGUCUGACAGCCAGAGAGAUUGGUCUCUUUGCAGCACUUCUCUAUAUGCCUGACAGUGUGUAACUUAUGUAAUUGAUGGAUAUGUUCUGUCUCACACAGGUGAGUCAUUGACUGAGAUCCUCAUGUUCUCACCCUGUUCAUUCCUACCAUGGUCAUUUCACUUGUUAAUCAACCAUGUUUUAUCAUUUUGAAAUAAAUAUAUGAUUUUUGGGGGGAAAAGGGGUA